CCACUAGUUCCAUAUCCAAAACCAAACAACCCUUUAUGUGAUGGCCAAGAAAUGAUGGCCAAACAGAACACACAGUCCCUCUAGCAAUGGCAGCCAAACUGGCCCUCUAUUCUUCUCUAUGUCCCAAACUUCCUUUCUCUACCAAAGAACCCUCCUUUGUACCAGGAACAAGAGUUCACUAUCAUUUUAGGGUUCAUGCAGAGCUAGGUGGAGGAGAGGGAGAAGUCAAGCAAGGAGGGAAGAAGAAAUUCAUAACCAAAGAUCAAGAACCAGAACAGUAUUGGCAGGCAGCAGGGGAGAGGAAAGGAGAGAAUCCCAUGAAAACACCCAUUCCCUACAUUAUCAUAUUCGGCAUGUCGACCCCAUUUGUGAUCUUAGCCAUUGCUUUUGCCAACGGUUGGAUCAAGGUACCCGUUCGAUGAAAUGACUACAUGAUUGAUUUCAGCAGCAACAGUGGCAGUGUGAAAGAUGAGUACUCUGUUUUAUUUGCAACUCAUUUGAGUUCUCAAAUGUAGGCAUAUAUAUGUCUAUAGGCAUAUUUGUUUUUGAGUAUCAAUGUGUUUUUGUGAUGUUCCAAAAGGAUCAUAAAUUUAAUUUAAUUUGCACCCUUUAUCAAUAAUCA